AUGAUGGCGGUAGGAGCUGGGCUUACCCUCGACGAAGCGAGCAAGGAUACGAUGCUAGGCAUCCCGUAUGUGCCGGAUCUCCGGCAGACGCUGAACGUGUGCAGGGCACAGGGAGGAGAAAAAGUGAAGAAGGCGCUCAAGAAAGUUGGAGACUACGUGCUGGGGGAUGUGCUUGGGGAAGGCGCAUAUGGGCAAGUUCGUGAAGGUUUGCUCAUGAGGGAGGGCGAUGAGAAGUUUGGUCAGCGCGUCGCUAUCAAGAUCAUCAGCAGGAGGCUCCUGCGCAAAGUGAGGAACGGACAGGAGAACCUGAAGAGAGAAAUCCGUUGCAUCAAGAAAGUCAAACACAAGAACGUCAUACAGUUCUACGAAUCCAUCGAUGAGGAGGAGCGGGACAAGGUGUACCUUGUGUUCGAGCUUGCGAACCUAUUCAGCGUACAAGAUCUCUGCGAUAUCCAGAAGCAGCUUUCCGCCACCGGCCAAGGGCUCAAAGAUCCUAUCACCAAUGAAGUUUGCACAGACGGUAUUCCCCUCACCUACGCCAAGAUCCUCUUCUCUCAGCUUAUGGACGGCCUGCAAGCAUGCCACUCCAAGGGAGUGGCGCACCGUGACAUCAAGCCAUCCAACCUUCAGUUAACCUCCGACGGGGUCCUUAAGAUCAUCGACUUUGGAGUAGCAGAGACUCUCGACCAGUUUGACGACCUCGACGAUACAACCAAGUUCGCGGGGACUCCUUCCUUCCAACCCCCUGAGGUAGCGCAAGGGGCUCGCACCUUCUCUGCUACCAAGGUAGACAUCUGGGCAGCAGGGGUCACCCUCUACGUCAUGGUCGUUGGGUCUCCUCCUUUUACCGGCGAUUCCGUGGACGAGCUGUACAAGAACAUCUCCAAGAUGGAGUACAAGUUGCCGGAGCGAGGGGACGAGCAGCUCAACGACCUCAUCCAGGGGGUCAUGCAUCCUUCACCCGAGAGCCGCCUCUCCAUCAACGACACCCUCCAGCAUCCCUGGUGCGAGACAAAGGACCUGCCGGACAUGAGGGAGCUACUGGAGCCUCUUGCGCACGAGGAGGGGAAGAAGAAGCAGUCGCUGCUGCGGAGGUACAUGGAGGAGAUGUCGGACGAAGAGGGAGAGACGGACGAGACGGACGAGGACACCAACAACAUCGACGAAUUCAGACUUCUCAACGCCGAAGCGCUCAGCGGGAAGAAGACCCUUCAGAUGCCCUGGGUCCAGAAGAACCACCAGGAGAAUCAGAAAUCCAUCAUCUCAAGAUUCCAGUCGAACCUCGCAGGAUCGGACAACAACUGCAUCAUCUCUUAA